AUGGGUUUCGAAUUUAGAAGAUUUAAACAAAUCAAUGCUCAAGAAUAUCAACUUGCAGUUUCCGAAAACAAAGAUCAAAUGGAGACAAAGGAUGAUAGUUAUUUCAUCAUUGUGGAUAAAGAAGGAAAGAUUGUUAUUCCAGACACCAUUGGAAUCAAAUUGGCAGACAUGACAGAUUUGGAAAUUAAGGUUCAAAAAAAAAAGAAAGCAGGCAUUGAAAAGUGGAAGAAAAUUCAUAUUGCAGAAAAAGUCGAUGCUUCAGAUCAGGAAAGUUUAUUGAAAACCAUUGAGAAUCAAUUGAAAAUCAAUGAUAUAUUAGAUAUUUCGUUAAGUUCAGACACUCAUAAAGCAAUUAUUGCUCUCACUCAUAAAAUUAGGAAACAGACACAACUACAAGCUCAAAAGUAUGAACUUGGUUUCUUUUCAUUGAAAUUUGAGAAUAUGAAUGAAGCUUAUUAUAAAACUGUCAAUAUUGAAGGAGAAAAAGAGAUUGACAACAUUGAUAAGCAACUUAUUGAAAAGGAUCUACCACUCUCAUCUCAGGAUAUUCAGGUGUUAACAUGUGGCUAUCCAGAAUUGCUUACAAAGAAGUAUUUAGAAAUGGCACAACAAUCUAAAUAGAAAUAAAAUAGUUUUUCAUUGCUCCCAACCCAAGGGAAUGCACUCUGAAAAUCUCUGCAAUUGUAAAGUUUACCCUCUAAAUUUGAUCAUUCAACCAUAAUCAAGUCAUUAUGACUAGAUUAACGAAUUGAAGUUCGCAGUCAGGUAUAUUGAAUAUUAAAUCACCUUCUGUCCGAUUUGUUGAAUCAUUUUCCAACCAGAACCCUAAAUUAUUCAUAUCCUCUUCCUGUAAUUGAAUAUAAAACUUUGCAUUCGUUCCAAAAAUUUGAAGAUUGUGUGAGGACCUAAUUUUGAAUAUUUGCUUAUUGUUCUCCUUGCACUGUUCCAAUGUAAAGGUAAUGUCCUGAUCGUUAAAAUUGAGCUCCUUCUUAUUUUUUUCUUCUGAAAGAGUGGUAUG